CUGAAGGGGAAAAAAAUAAACCCAUGUGUGGUUGUGGGCUAGUUUCAUAAGAAAUUGGCUUGACAUCUGGGUGUUUCAUUUGGACACUAGGAAGGGAGCUGCAUCAGCAGGAAAAAAAAAAGAGGCUAAAGAAGAAGGAGGAAAAAAUCAAACCCAAGUCUGUCCCUUGAAUGAAAGAAGGCAGAGCUCAGAUCCCAAAAACUCAUCCAAGGUGUGAAGGGAAGCAGAGGAGAAAGGAGAAUUUUGCAUCACAGGCUGUGCGAGAACCAAAGGCUCAGCAUGUCUAGGAGAAAUAACAUGCAUCUCUCAGCUGCAGGUCGCAGUUGGUGAAGCAGCAAAUCUUGCCACGGGAGGAUCAGCAGGGAACCGCGAAGCCAAGAGAAAAGCCAAAUUAAGUGGAAGGCUUUCUGAUCUGCUCAAUUGGGGGGCCAGAGACCCAGAUCCUCCGUUGCCCCACUUGAUCCUAAGGAACAGAUCUUCCAGCAAAGCCAGUCCAAGAUGUGCGCCAUCUUUCUGCUGCUCUUGGCGUCUUCUCUUCCGGCCAGUAGCCCACAUGGCCAAGAAGCCUCCUCCAAGAGAGACGGCCGGAGGGUUACAUCCUGCGUCCGAUGUUGUGGCCCGGCUGAACAACCGGCUUCCAUCACUGCCUCCCGAUACACCCGGAUGAGCAGUGACUCCUUUUAUUCCAUGCCCAGGAUCCGUCCCACUAUCGACAUCACCAUCUUGAAAGGAGAAAAGGGUGAAAUGGGUGACAGAGGAAUCUCCGGUCCUGAAGGCAAAGAGGGUGAACCUGGUCCACGGGGCCAUAAUGGCCGGAAAGGUCAAAAGGGUCAGGCUGGCCUACCAGGCAAUUCCUGCAAACAACAUUACGUUGCCUUUUCCGUCGGCCGGAGGAAACCUCUCCAUAGUUCCGACUACUACCAGCAUGUCACUUUCGACACGGAGUUUGUCAACCUCUAUAAGCACUUCAACAUGUUUACGGGGAAGUUCUUCUGCUACGUGCCGGGGAUCUACUUCUUCAUCCUCAACGUCCACACCUGGAACUACAAGGAGACCUACCUACACAUUAUGAGGAACGACAACGAAGUGGCCAUCCUCUAUUCUCAGCCCAGCGAGAGGAGCAUUAUGCAGAGCCAAAGCCUCAUGCUGGACCUCCAGGAAGGGGAGGAGGUUUGGGUGCGGAUGUUCAAACGGGAAAGGGAGAAUGCCAUCUACAGCGAGGAAUCGGACAUUUACAUCACCUUCAAUGGACAUUUAAUUAAGCCGUCCGUUGAAUGAACCAGACUAGGAUUUGCAGAGGUUGCCCUGUUUGUGAGUUUCAGCGACAAAGCUGCUUCCCUUAACAUGCUGUCCAAGAGAAAGUUGGUAGGAUUACUCAGGAGUAGAUGCUCUUUAGCUUGCAGCUUCCACUGGUGCCAUGAUAAGCCUACCUGAGAGGAGAUCAUUUAGAGCAAUCCCAGAUAGGUGCCUGCUUAGCCUUCCUAGAACUGUCUGUGAAAAUUUGGGAAAUGUGUCUUGUACAUGGCAUGGGAAUUCUUAUGGAAUUCUCCACUUCUCCACUUUUAAGAGGUCUUCAAUAGUUAUAUGGCCAUAUCUGACCAAAUAACACAUCCAGUAUACAUGAUGAACAACACAGUCCCCGAUUCUGGUGCAAACUGUCCUGAUGACAUACAGCCAGUUCAGCAAUGAACCUGCAUUAUAUCACCCUUAAAAUGGUUUUAGAAAUUCACAACUGCUCCAGAUCUUCCCAGAGCAAUGUGGGGCAGCUGUUUGCAUGCACAUCCUGCUAUGCUACCCGCCCCCGCUGCCAUCAGUGCGAAUCACUCUCUCUGAUUUCACAAUGAGGUGCCCAGCCAUAUGAUCCACCUCAUUUUCGGACUCAGAGGGAGUGAGUUGUUCUGCUGCACAAUGGGAUGUCUAUGCAAACAGCUACCGGGUGUCACUCCAAAGAGUCCAGGUAAGGGGGACCUUGGGGCAGCUUUGGGGCCAAAACACUCUGGGCUGGUCCUGGAGUAUUCUGGUCCAUGCAAACAUGGCCUAUGAAAGGCAUUUUGGAAAUCCUUCCGUAUACUGCACUCUCUGUUGGCUGAUCUCCCAUCAAAAUCCUACUCAUGUAAUAUCUCACAUGGUUGAGAGCAUUUGCUUAAUAAUAAAUGGAUUUCAGAACCGCGUGUGUGUUCUGCUGAACUCCAGUGGGAGACGAACGGUUGAAAAAUUCAGAAGACUGAUGCGGGAGAUGCUGAGUUCUUUAGAUGCCUUCCUUUCUGAAGUUUGGAGGUUAUGGAUUAAAAGAUAAAGAGCAAAGGUAAGAAACCAGAGGAUCUCCAUAUCUUUUAGCUAACAGAUCCCAUCAUCCCAGGCCAUUAGCCCUAUUGGCAGGUUUUGAUGGGAAUUGCAGUCCAACUAUUGAGGGAGGCCGCACCACGCUGGCUCUCACCACACAAUUAUAGCAUUAUUAAUUUGAUUUAACUGACAUGGCAAUGUCCUAUGGAAUCAUGGGAUAUGCAGUUUAGGGACUGCUAUUUAGAAAUCUCAGGGAGAGCACUCCUUAGUGCAAUGGUUCCCAAACUUUGGUCUUCCAAAUGGGUUGGAGGUAUAUUUAUUUAGCCUGUGUCAUGUCAAGACAAACUUGGAAAGGUUUGCCAGCCCUGGCUCACUGCAAAUGAGUUUCUUUAUCAGGUGGCAGCCAGAGGCCCUUGCAAAUUGAUCGCGUCCACAGAUACAGUUGGGAGAAACUCUGUUUGCUCUGGGCCAAAGUCAAAUGCUGUGUGUAAGUGGGUGCCAAGCUGACAUUACCUACAAAUGCAUAAAUGCAUAGGCAGAAAAGUAAAUGGUGCUCCACAUCUCAAGUCGAGGUUCCUACACUACCCAUCGUUGGGUAGUGCCAGCGCCUCUCCCUUUCCUCUCUGGUAGUAAAAAUGCAAUCAUAAUAACCACUAAAAAUGUGCUGCUUUUGCAGGAUUGCACCAAGUCUUUUCAGCCUGAGGCACUGUUUUGCUUUGCCAACAGCAGUUCCAUUCCCAAAUAUAUGAGAUGAAAAGACUGGAAUGUCUCUUUAUGUUCAGCAUGUUCACCAACACACAAUGAACAUUAUAUAUAUAGGAAAAUGCACGGUUGAAUCAAAGCAAUCUAACCCAGGCUGUUCCCAAAAGUAAAAAGGUGUCGUUUUUGUCGACUU